AUGAAAGUUGAUCUUGACAAUCUUAGCAGUGAUGAUGAUUUACUAUUUCAUACAGGCUUGGGAUUUAAGAAAUCUAAGGUAAAUGAUGAUGAUGAACACGAAAUGGAGAUGGAAAUACCAAAAUACAAGAUCCCCCAAAAAUAACAAUAGAGAGCUCGAUUAAAUCUCUUUUAGGAAUAGUUCGAAUAAAAUCCAAAAGAGUAAGUUUAGGAAUCCCCCAACAAUUAACACUAACAAAUAUAUAAAGAAUACCAGAGAAAUUAAGCAUUUGCUAAUUUUCAAAAAUCCAAUGCCUCUCUUUUGUCUAAUGUCGAGAAGGGUGUGACAGUAAAGAUAAUUGAUAAGAAUAUGCCAAAGAAUGAAAAAGUAAAUCAAACAGAGUAUAGGAUAAAAUAAAAGCGAUAGGUUCAAUUUAAUCUUGAGAACAAUAUGGUUCAUCCAAUAGUUAAAAAUGAAGAUGAGUAUUUGACCUUGGCAGAGAAGCUUCAUCUUUCAAACAACAUCAGACGUUCUUGGUAAUUGUACAGAGUCAAUUCUGAUUCUGAAGGAGAGGCUUAGGAUGAUGAGAGUGAUGAUUCCAUAAUUGAGGUAGUGAGUUCAACUCCCUCUCCUAAACCAAAGGGCAUUUUAAAGAAGAAACCCUAAGUUUUUAAAGAGGAUGAUGGCAAGAAAACAAUAACUGUGGAGCAAGUUGCAUUUAAAGAUAGUAGAAAUAAAAAAAAUCUAUCUUAAAGAGAAAAAAAAACAUUAGAAAAAAGAGUUGAAGAACAUGACUAUGGUGUUGGGUUGAAGUUUUUGUAGAAAUUAGGAUAUAAAUACGGAGAAGGGUUAGGUGCGAAUAAGUAAGGUAUUCUGGAACCAGUGAUUGCAGUAAAGAAAUAAUCAUUUACAGGGGAGGGAGUCUAGGAAUACGAAUAUUAAAAUGAGGAAGAGGAGCAAGAAAAUGAGAAUAAUUCCACUUAAGACAAUAAUUAGAAGCCUUUUUUUCAAUCUAAAAAACUCAGUAAAUAUGAAAAACAAUGGAGAAAAAAGAAGAAUAAAUAAGAUGGGUAGCCUACUGUUUAAAACAAGAAAGAAGAAGUACUGAAUUUAGAUAGGAAUCACAUCAUGGACAGUCUUAUUAAAGACAAUUAGAAUAGUAAUAAAUAUAAGAUAAUUGAUAUGACAGGUAGUGAUAUUAAUGAUUAUUUAAAUAAGACUUAGGAUGUACAAGUGACAAGUAGUAAAGUAGUUAGGGAAUAUUUGAAGGAGGUUCAAGAACUAACUUGGUCAGUGUAGAAGAUUUUAGAAAAACGUUUAGGAAAAUGGGAGAAUAAUGAAUAGAGUAUUAAGAAGGAAAAGGAUAAAAUUAUUAUUUUGGAACAUGAAAAAAAGGAGGAAUUAUUAUAAUUUACAUAGUGGAAUGAUUCUGUGAAAAGAAAGGAAGACUUUUUAAAAUAUUUAAAAUUCUUUAAAGAGGAUGAAGUUUUGAUUUCAAAUGAUUAAUUUCCUAUUCUUGCUAAGUUUGAAGAAUGCUUUAGGAAGUUUAGUGAUUAAUUCAUAUAAUUUAAUUUAAUUGGGUUGUUGGUCAAGAAUGCAGAAUAGGAAAUUAAGGCCCUGACUCUUAAGUGGAAAGGACCCAUUACAAAAAUAGAUAUUUUAUAAAAUGAGCAUCAUUUAAUAUCAAAAGUAAUCACUUUGGCGAAGGAUGUGUAUAUUUAGAAGAAAUCUUAGAAUUUAAGCAAAUAUGCUGAAUAAUUAGAUGUUUUUAUAAUAAAUAAUUAAAUUUCAACCUCGGAUGUGAAUAAUUUAAAAAGAUUUAUUGGGAUAUUGAUUGCUCCCAUUCUAAUCAGACUAAGGAAUUAUCUUUCUUCAGCAUAUGAUCCAACAUAAGAAAACUAUUUAGUAGAAUUUUUAGAAUUGUGGAUGAAAGACUUGGCCUUGGUUGAGACUGAAGAGACGGGAGUUAAUCAAUUUUAGACUAUAAGAUUGCUGGAUUAAUAAGUAUAAAAGGAUAUUAUGGGUAUAGUUAUGUCUAAACUAAAACUUAAGAUUUAGGAAUGGAAUCUGAAUUCAACAAUAUCUUUACAUUAAUGGUUGUAACCUUGGAUCAAUUCUAAAUUGAACAGUAAGGAAUUGGUGGAAGAAGUAGAGAAGAAAUUGAAACAAUUGAAAUUUACUGAUAGAGAUGACUUUGGCUUUAGUGUACUGUAACCUUGGGCCAGAUAUUUAGGAGAUAAUUGGAAAAAUCUAUUAUACAUGUCGGUUUUACCGAAGAUGUUGUUCUGUCUUCACAAUUUGGAAAUCAACCCACAAAACCAGAAUGUGCAGCCAAUAAAGGAAAUUUUCAAGUGGAUAGAGGAAAUUGAUCCACAUAUUGAAAUGAUAUUCCAGCCAUUAAUUGAGAAAUUGAACACCACCUUAGAGAAUUGGAUACGACAGGGGGGAAGUCGAGAGGAGAUGCACAAGUGGUUGGAUGGAUGGGAAAGAUUCUUGAUGAAAAGAGUAAUUUAGAGGGUGUAUAAGUUUGAAACCCAAUUCAGUUCGAUGAAAUAGAAAAUUAUUUGA